AUGGAGCUCAGGGCGGUGGUGGCCACACUGGAGAGCGGGGAGCAGGACACCGUGCUCAAGGUGCUUCAGAUCUACAACCAGGAGAAAUCUCAGUGCUUCACCUUUGACGAUGAGGAACGGGAAGAGAGGAAGAAAAUGGCCCAGCUGCUGAUCAGGUUCCUGGAGAGAGAGCUGCAGCCGUCCUGCCAGGUCACCUGCCUGGAGAGCAUCCGCAUCCUGUCCCGUGACAAGUACUGCCUGGAGCCCUUCACCACCAAGGACGGGCUCCGGACCCUCUCCAGGCACGCCGGCAUCGACAGCUCCGAGGAGCUCAUCCGGGAGGUCCCCGACUUGGACGUAAUCCUGGAGUCCCUCAAGUGUCUCUGCAACAUGGUCUUCAGCAGCCCGCGGGCGCAGGAGCUGGCGGCACAGGCGCGGCUCGUGCUGGGCCUGGCCAGGCGCAUCAAGCUCUACAACGAGAGGAGCCUUCCCCACGAGGUGAAGUUCUUCGACCUGCGCCUCGAGACAGAGCGAGCCAUGGAGAUCCUCAAAGUGCUCUUCAACAUCACCUUCGACUCCAGCAAGAGGGAGGUGGAUGAGGAAGAUGCUGCUUUGUACCGGCACCUGGGGGCCCUCCUGCGCCACUGCCUCAUGAUCUCUGCUGAUGGAGAGGACAGGACAGAGGAGUUCCACAGCCACACGGUUAAUCUUCUGGGCAACCUGCCCCUGAAGUGUCUGGAUGUGCUGCUCACCCCCAAAGUGCGGCCCGGCUCCCUGGAGUACAUGGGUGUCAACAUGGAUGCAGUCAGCAUCCUGCUGGACUUCCUGGAGCGCCGCCUGGACAGGGGACACAAGCUGAAGGAGAGCCUGACCCCUGUGCUGAACCUGCUGACUGAGAGCGCCCGCGUCCACCGCCAGACCAGGAAGUUCCUGAAGGCAAAG